AUGAUGAUGACACAAAUGGCUACUAAAGACAAGUUGACGAGAAUAGCGAUUGUGAGUGCAGACAAGUGCCGACCCAAUCGGUGCCGACAGGAGUGCAAAAAGUCGUGUCCAGUCGUACGAAUGGGAAAGUUGUGUAUUGAAGUCACACCGAGUGAUACUGUGGCCAGAAUUAGCGAAAGCCUAUGCAUUGGAUGUGGUAUUUGUGUGAAGAAGUGUCCCUUCGAUGCCAUCAAUAUAAUUAAUUUGCCCUCAAAUCUAAGCCGAGACACAACUCAUCGUUACGGAGAAAACUCGUUUAAAUUGCAUCGAUUGCCGACUCCCAGACCCGGACAGGUGUUGGGUUUGGUCGGCACCAACGGAAUCGGCAAAUCCACGGCUCUUAACAUAUUAUCGGGAAAAUUGAAACCAAAUUUAGGUCGUUACGGUUCAGACGCUCCCGAGUGGUCAGAAAUAUUGAAAUAUUUUAAAGGCUCAGAACUUCACAACUUUUUCACGCGAAUACUCGAGGAUCGUAUGAAGUCUGUAAUGAAGAUCCAAUACGUGGAUCAAAUACCGAGAGUUGUGUCGGGAGUGGUCUCAACACUACUCGACAGUAACAACGAAAGAGAUAAUAAGCAUUCC